AUGAGCCAGCUCGUCAAUACCCAUGGAAUAUAUCCGCUGACAGGAAGCUCCGACAGGCUGUGGCUCCGACCGUUUGGCGCCGAUGUCUUCGUCUGGGCUGGACACGAAGUCUUUGAAGUGCACCGCGCCAUCGUGAGAGCACAGUCAAGUUGGUUUGCCAAUCAGCUCCCACCCGCAAGCAAGAAAGGGCUUCUAACUGACGUGCGCUUGCCUUUCUGCCACCAAGUCGUCGGAUACACGUUGCGCUUCAUGUACACCCACAGCCUCGAGAUACUGGAGUACGACCGGGAGAAGUUUCGUGACCUCGCCUGUAUCACACGUAGCGCGUUGCUGUACAUUGGCGCCGUGGAUCUUGGAGUCGAAGCCAUGAAGGAUCACAUUGCCCAAAUCCUUCAACAGAUGGCACGAGACCUGGCAUAUUACCUGACGAAAACCUUUACGAAAGAACCCAUGGAUCGUACCGAGAUUUUUGCGGCACUUUUUCACCUGAAAAACGCACUAGAAGUUGCGUAUGCAUACGAGUCACAGGAAGAGACUCUAAGUCUGCGGCGCGGUUUGGCCAGUCUAUUGGAUACUUUAUUUCCCUUUCUCAUUCAGCACAAGGGAUUGCUCGGCUUCCUUUCAUCGAAACUCUGGAAAGAGUAUUCGGAAGACAUAGCAAAGGAUCUCGUCUAUGUGCGAAAAUCAAAGGAUCAUUAG